CCCGUGAAUGGGAAUUCUCUUCACCAGGAUAUGGAGACUGUUCAAUCACCAGGAGCACAAAAGUAUCAUUAUUGGGCUGGAUAGUGCAGGGAAAACUACCAUCCUUUAACAGUUUUCUAUGAAUGAAGUUGUACAUACAUCUCCUACAACAGGAAGUAAUGUAAAAGAGAUAGUGAUUAAUAAUACACGUUUCCUAAUGUGGGAUAUUGGUGGCCAAGAAUCUCUUCGUUCUUCCUGAAACACUUAGUAUACUAACACAGUCUGUAUAAUUGUUGUGAACAGUACAGACAGAGAGAGGAUUUCUGUAACUAGAGAACUCUAUAAAAUGUUAGCACACGAGGACCUAAGAAAAGCUGGAUUACUGAUUUUUGCUAAUAAACAAGAUGUUAAAAAAUGCAUAACUGUAGCAGAAAUCUCCCAGUUUAUGAAGCUAACAUCUAUUAAAGAUCACCGGUGGCAUGUCCAGGCAUGCUGUUCUCUAACUGGUGAGGGAUUGUGCCAAGGACUUGAAUGGUUGAUGUCACGACUUAAGAUUAGAUUAUCUCUACUGACCUUUCUCAUAGACUUUGCAAAGGUGAAGAUUCCCAAACAGGCUGAUUUCAUGGUCAUUUUUCCCCAAAUAAACACAUGUAAACAAGAUCAGGAGAUGGAAAGCAGUGAGGAGUCAGUCCUUCUGGGCUCUGGUGCUCUAUGGGUUCUAGCUUUCAGUUGCAAGAACUUAGGGAAAAAAUCUUAUCUCGGAAGAAAGCAAGAAGUCAUACUAGGAUUUUCUCUUUUCGACUGCAUAAUCCAGAUUGAUGUCAGCAAAAUGGCAGAAUAUGACUUUCCAGUGAUCGUCCUCUGCAAAAACAUCACUUUGAACAACUAUUCAUGCAUGAAAAUUCCUUUACAUCAGCAACGGAAGCCAGAUGAGAGAUUUCAGCACUUAAGUAUAGCACAUAAAUAA